AGUCUGUCGGUGUGAGUCGGCCAGAGAUAGCAGAUAGUAGAAGCACUAGAGGCCCAAACUUUAUUAGUGACUAAUAACUACAAGAGUUCGGGCUUAACAACAACCUACACAGAAUGGCAGAACAAUGGGGAGAAGGGAUGUUUGCUGCAAGGCGAAGAGCGGAUGAAACGACACGGGAAUCAGUCUUCACAUACACCAACUCCAAUAACACCAGGGAUCCCUUUGAAGGACCCAACUACCACAUUGCCCCUCGAUGGAUCUACAAUCUCGCAACAGUGUGGAUGUGCAUUGUGGUUGUCGCCUCAGUCUUCACCAAUGGCCUGGUGCUGGUGGCCACAGCCAAAUUCAAGAAGCUCCGCCACCCUCUCAACUGGAUCUUGGUCAACCUCGCUUUUGCCGAUAUUGCAGAGACUCUUUUGGCCAGCACCAUCAGUGUCAUCAACCAGAUCUUCGGCUACUUUAUCCUCGGACACCCAAUGUGUGUUUUUGAGGGCUACACUGUCUCUGUAUGUGGUAUUGCUGGUCUGUGGUCUUUGACUGUCAUCUCAUGGGAGAGAUGGGUGGUCGUCUGCAAACCAUUUGGAAAUGUCAAGUUCGAUGCUAAAUGGGCAAGCGCUGGCAUCAUCUUCUCCUGGGUUUGGUCUGCUUUUUGGUGUGCACCUCCCAUCUUUGGCUGGAGCAGGUUUUGGCCUCAUGGUUUGAAGACCUCCUGCGGCCCUGAUGUCUUCAGUGGAAACGAGGACCCUGGUGUCCAAUCUUACAUGCUUGUUCUGAUGAUCACUUGCUGCAUCAUCCCUCUGGCCAUUAUCAUUCUCUGCUACAUUGCUGUGUGGCUGGCAAUCCGCUCUGUUGCCCAGCAGCAGAAAGACUCCGAGUCUACACAGAAGGCUGAGAAGGAAGUGUCCAGAAUGGUGGUUGUCAUGAUCGUGGCCUACUGUGUUUGUUGGGGUCCUUACACAUUUUUUGUCUGCUUCGCAUCGGCAAACCCAGGUUAUGCCUUCCACCCAUUGGCAGCAGCUCUUCCUGCCUAUUUUGCUAAGAGUGCCACCAUCUACAACCCCAUCAUCUAUGUCUUCAUGAACCGACAGUUCCGUGUAUGCAUCCUGCAGCUCUUUGGAAAGAAGGUGGAUGAUGGUUCUGAGGUGUCCACAUCCAAGACAGAAGUCUCCUCUGUGGCACCUGCAUAAGCGAUGCAUAAAAUCUAAGAGCAAGGAUCCGGAGCCAGAUCAUAUGGGAAAAAAAGAUGAAAAUGGGACUUUUUAUAUUCCUUGUUUGCCCUCACCAUUGACAACUCUGCAUCCAGUCAUUUCCCCCAGAGAGAUGGAAAAUACCUUUUUGGAUGGCAGUGUGUGUUAAAGCAUCACUUUCUCAAGUUCCAAAGGAAUGACUUGUUACUGAAAUGUUACAGUUUUUAUGGUAUUCAAUUUUUACACAAUCAUUUGUCUAUGGUACGCCAUCCACUAGCUAUUCAGAGAGGUGUAUGCCUAUACAUAGCACUGCUUUGGGGGGAAGUGACACUCAGCAUGGGAUAACUAACAACAGUGAAAACUAAACACAAUGGUUUGGCUUGAUGUUCAAUGGUGAUGUAAUAAUGACUCUGUAACUUUAAUUUUGUAGCCAUCUUGCAAGAAAACAAAAAUGAUUAAAAAAAAGUUUGAUAGAUAGAUGCCUGCCUAUGUACAGCAUGUAAUACAGUUCUAUUUUGUUUUUUCUUUGAUGACAAUAAAAAAAGCAUCAUAAUAAGAA